GCGCUUAGCGGCGACAGCGGAGGCGGUUUGUUGUGGUCGCCAUUUUUUGUUGCAUUACUGGGAAAUCCCGGCGCCGGAGCAGCCGCCGGAGAACGCCCCUUGCGCUGGGGGUGGGGGCGCAAGACGCCCGCCUGCCGCGCCCCGCCCCCAGCGCGCUUCUCCUCAGCCCCAGCUUUGAAACACGCCGCGGGCCGCAGCCGCCUCCUCAGGUGGCAGCAGCACCCCACAAUGCCAGCUGCCUCCCUGCAGCCAGGUUGCCUCUCUGGGCCGCUCUCUUCCUACUGAGACAAUCAUGUCGAGCCAGCACAGCCAUGCUCCCUUCUCCAGCAUCCAGACCAUGGCUGAGCAUCAGCAGAUCAUGCCAGACCUGGCCAUUCUGCAGAGAAGGAUCCCACUUACAUUUCGGGACUCUGCUACAGCCCCACUGCGCAAGCUCUCUGUGGACCUCAUCAAAACAUACAAGCAUAUCAAUGAGGUCUAUUAUGCUAAGAAGAAACGCCGAGCUUUGCAGGUGGCACCUGAGGACACAAGUACCAAAAAGGAACGGAAAGUGCACAACGAAGGCUAUGAUGAUGACAACUAUGAUUACAUUGUCCGCAAUGGCGAGCGCUGGCUAGAACGUUAUGAGAUAGACUCCCUCAUUGGCAAAGGAUCCUUUGGACAGGUAGUGAAGGCCUACGAUCAACAGGCUCAGGAAUGGGUAGCCAUCAAGAUUAUCAAGAACAAGAAAGCAUUUCUGAGUCAGGCUCAGAUUGAACUGCGGCUGCUGGAGCUCAUGAACCAGCAUGACACUGAGAUGAAAUACUACAUUGUGCACUUGAAGCGUCAUUUCAUGUUCCGGAGCCAUUUGUGCCUGGUGUUUGAGUUGCUGUCCUACAACCUCUAUGACCUGCUUCGUAACACCAACUUCCGUGGCGUCUCUCUCAAUCUCACUCGCAAGUUUGCUCAGCAGCUGUGCACUGCGCUGCUCUUCCUGGCAACACCUGAACUCAGCAUCAUCCACUGUGAUCUCAAGCCUGAAAACAUCCUGCUCUGCAACCCCAAACGCAGUGCCAUUAAAAUCGUGGACUUCGGCAGCUCCUGCCAGUUGGGCCAGCGUAUCUAUCAGUAUAUCCAGAGCCGAUUUUACCGCUCGCCCGAAGUGCUGCUAGGCAUGCCUUAUGACCUGGCAAUCGACAUGUGGUCCUUAGGCUGUAUUCUGGUGGAGAUGCAUACAGGAGAGCCCCUCUUUAGUGGUGCCAAUGAGGCGGAUCAAAUGAGCCGGAUUGUGGAGGUGCUGGGACUGCCACCACCUCACAUGUUGGAGCAGGCUCCCAAGGCUCGGAAAUACUUUGAGAAGCUGCCCGAGGGGGGCUGGGUCCUCCGGCGGGGCAAAGAUGGCAGGAAGGACUACAAGGUUCCAGGGACACGGCGGCUGCAUGAAGUAUUAGGGGUAGAGAGUGGGGGCCCAGGCGGACGCCGUUCAGGAGAGCAGGGCCAUUCGCCUUCUGAUUACCUGAAGUUCAAGGAUUUAGUGCUGCGCAUGCUGGACUAUGAACCCCGUAGCCGCAUCACUCCCUUCUAUGCCCUGCAGCAUAACUUUUUCAAGAAAACUGCUGAUGAGGGCACCAAUACGAGUGCCAGCACCUCUCCAAGCCUGGGAACAGAGCAUAGCCACUCAACCAGCACCACCAGUUCUGUGUCCAGUUCGGGUGGUUCCAGUGGUUCUUCCAAUGACAACCGUGGUUACCGCUACAGCAAUCGUUACUACAGCAACAUGGGCACAGUGCAUGCUGACUGUGAGAUGCAGAGUCCCCAGGCGCUUCCUCAGCAGCAGAUGCGUCUCUGGGCCAGCGGUGACAACGAGGGUAUUCCUCACAUCUUACCUCAUAAGCCCACACCUAGUCAGGCCAUGCCAUGUUUCCCCCCGAGCGGGCACCCUCCGUACCAGCGCCCUCCACUCCCGCUAUCUCCUCCACUCCCGGAGGCCAUGGAGGUGUCUCUGGGCCCUCGCCAUCUGGACUGCAACCCCACUGGGCUGGGCUCCUCCGGCUUGCACUUGGGCGCCUCGGCCUUCCGGACUAGGACUGCUGGCGGCUCACGCCCUGAGGGACUUGGCCUCAACUAUCCACUUCGUGGCCGUGGGCACCGAGACACUGACGAGACUGCACUGAUGGGCGUCUGUGUGCCCCAGGGCACAGCUGCCAGCUCCUGAUGAUGGACUGGCCCGGCAGGCUAGGAGCCGGUGCCCAGCGAGAGCACUCCUUUGUUGCACCAGAGCCUGGACGGGCCGGGACUAACUGUAGGGCAGGGAACUAGUGCCCAUAGAGCACUUCUCCACAUGCGAGAAUCUGAGUGGGCCAGGACUUGGGGUGGGAUGGGUCAGGUUGCCUGGCUAUGGCCAGUCUGGAGACCAGGUCCUGCUACUACCCAGGACCCUGCUGCCAGUGGUAAGCAUUAUGGGGUGGGAACGCGGGAGGGAGGGGGGAUUUGAGAGGGGGAAGCAUGUGGAGCCAGCAUCCUGCCGCCCUUGCAAACUGGAUGCUGCCUUCCCCUUUUCAGUCAGUGCUUUCUCUGACAUGCGGUCCUUCCUGGCCACAGCCCCUCUUGAUUCACUCAGCGACAUGUGGCCUGCCAGCCAUUCCCUUCCCUGGUGCGAGAGAUUUCAACAUCCUGUGCUUGGACGGACAGACAGACUCCUGUGCACUACAUGGACUGAUGGGCUUGGUGGCCUGUGUGGUCCCGUGGGAAUUGCUGCUAAAACUCCCUCCCUGCUUGGAAAUAAAGGGUUGCCCCAACCAGCGAAUGUUUAUGCUGACUCAUGCGCAGCCAUCUUGGACCUGCCUCUUGUUAUGUGUAUGCCAGGGGAUAGUGCCUAGGUCUGUGCUCUGACAUCCUUGGGUGGAACCACACGUGCCAGGCUACCUUAGGAAAGGUGGCAAAGUGGGACCUGAGCUGGACCAUGGCUGUGAACUGUUAACUCUGCCUUACUUGAGCUCUUGCAUCUUUGCACAGUCGUCUGAUUCUGCUUUCUUGAAUAGGAAGUUUGGAAGCUGUGCAGAGAAUGAGGGAUGUGACCCGAUAUCACUAUUCAUUGUCACUUGAGAUUGGUCCUUAACCUUAGCACCCAAGCAUGCACCAAUAUAUUAACUUCAUAUGGGUAUUCCCCCCUCCCCCUCCCCCUCCCAUUCCCUCCCUUUCCCUGUUGGAUAGGCAAGAAACCGAUGCACCAAGGCCAAAGGUCUCCUGGAGAACAGAUCUCCACUUUCCACUUGCUUCUUGUUACUCACCAGGUGCUUAGUGCUAUCAUACUAUGCAGUCAAGAAAAGUGCUAGUGUCUGACCAGAGUUAGAGAUGUUUUGUGUUAGUAUUGUAGCACCAGCAGAUUGCUCUGGAACGAGGUGUUCGCCUCUUUGUUCUCUAGUGCAGGACACAUAGUUCCAGGCCUGGCUAAAGUCAGACCAAAGGUGAUGCCUCAGUGGAAAUACCAAGUGGUUGAAUGUGGCUUUUGUCUAUGGCGCACAGCCUUUUUUAGUCUAGAAACUCAUUCCAGUGGAUCAGGGUUAAGAAACUUGUGACGUUCCCAUCCCAUGGGCUUUCAGCCAUUAUGUCCAGAGAUUAAUGACAGUUCUAAUUUAGCAAUAUCCGGAGAGCUACAGGUUUCACACUCUGUGUUUAUAUUAGCCUUGCGCUUAGCUGUCAUUACACAUAACACACAGGUACGUUGUAGCUUGACAUUUGAUAUUAGGAUCCAGUUUCCUGAAAAUCUGCCAUAAAGGCUAGCUUUAAAAGUGCAAACAGGCCUGGUUGAAGUAAGGAGGCAGCUCAUUAGGUUUCGGAUCGGUUGGAGCAAGGGCGCUGCAGUGUUUCCUGCAAGUGUCCAUUGCCACCUAGAGAAAGCUGGAACAAAGCAUACUUCGCCAUCGACACAGGUUUACGGUAUUUAAGUUUUCUCAAGGCUGCAAGGCUUUGUUGUGUUAUUUACAACAAGGUACAUAACCUUGCACAGGUUGCUGCUACUUAAAAGAAAUUGGAAAGACGUAUUACUGCAGAGGUGGAGUGGCAUAGAUAGCCAGUUAGGGAGGAGGGCUAUGGAGACACCGAUAGCUAUAGGCAAGUCUUAACUGGGAAGAAAAGUCACAGCCGUACUCGAGAACAAUUUCACAGUGGAUUAAAAAAAAAAUUAAAUUGGCGCUCAUUGAUACUUGUGCGAAGAACUUUCUGCUGGAAACGGAACCCUCAGGCACUGCCACUCAGCAACAAGCAUCACAAAAGUUGCACACCCCCUGCAGUUUUGGAUGCUGAUUCUGAGCUGACGUUAGUUAGAAUUUAAGCUAAACUUGGGAAUGUAUUGUUAGCUAGCAAGCCCUCCUUAAAUGAUAAAUGUUUAGAAAUGAGCAUCAAAGGAUUCUGUGUUCUUGCUUGCCUACCUGUUGUCUCUCCCUCCCCACCAUGGAGUUCACAUUUUCACACCUUUGUCAUCCAUCCAUCUAUAUUCUUCGAGAUGCACACAAUUUACAAAGGAAGGAAGUAGUUUUUCAUCUUCUGCAACUUGCCUCUUAUGUGAUUAUCUUGGUACCGAUUACCUGAAAUGCUAGUUGCCACAGGGUAGCUGUAACUGCAAAUACAGUUCUUGUGCUGUGUUUUAACAAAUAUUUCACAAGCUGAAACGAGGAACCGCAACAGUAUGUAGUGCGUGCAGGUGCACAACGGAAGGAAACGAUUUCUCGGUUCUGUAGAUUUUUAAUUUUCUUGAAUUUUAACUUACCCCACCCAAGGAAAGGUUGUCAUUGCAAAAAAAAAAAGUCUGUUCAUUCCAGUUAGAUAUAAAUCUAAGAAAAAGUAAUGGAAACCAAAGGAAACGUGGACUUUCCUGUUUCAGUGGUUUAAUUGCAAAUUACCUGGAUUAGGCCCGAGGGUUCAUGCCCGAUUUUUAAUUGGGGGAUUUUAAAAAUGACAAUGGAGAUUGGUUUUAAGCAAGAUCAAAUUAGAGUGGUGGGGGAUAAAAGCUGCUGUAAAUACAAUCCCUAACACUAUAAAGUUAAUUCAGGUAAGCAGGACGACUUGUAGCAUAAACUUGACACGGGUUUUUAAAAACCAUUUGGAUUUAAAAAGUGAUAAUAGGGCUGUUACUUCCCCUGGGCUGAUAUGGUUAAAGGCAAGGAAUUGCUAAAAGCAUAGAAGAGGUUCAUACAUUGUACUAAGUCAUAAUAUGAUUUGUUUAGAUUUGGAUUAAGGGUAGCAUGUUGGGUUAACCAGUCACACACCAUCUACCUUGUCAGUCUUUCACUGUAGAUCCCCACUGGGUUUAUGCCAUGAGACCUGUAUUUUGCUUUGGUGAAUAGGUAACAAAAAUAAUAGCGUAUUUUUGGUUCUUGAGGAGAGCUAUUUUACCAUCUUGUACCUCAAAGUGACAAAUAGGGAAGAAAAUGGAAAUUUGCAAUUUGCCUAGCUUGUACAAAUCAUAGCCUAUAUAUAGGGUUGCUGAGGAUAUUAAUGUCUAAUCUGCUCAAGUCCCUUCAUUUUUAAUUCACCAUUUUGACUAAUGGGUGACAUCCCCGGUGUUUCAGGGUGUGUGUUUGAGAUAAUUACUGUUUUGAUUGGGUUAGCUUGAUUUUCUCUUUCCAACUUCUAGUCUUGUCUGAUUAUAUACAGUGAAAAUACAGAAUUCCACAUGUUGGA